GUAGAUAUUGUUUGUCGAUUCCACGAUGAGAGGUUUUCGAGCGACUUUGAGAGUUGCAGCUACUGUAAUUUUAACUCUGUGGAUUGGCAUUGCUGCUUUGUAUCAUUUGUUAAAGCCGAUUUCGAAUGGAUGUGUUAUGACCUAUAUGUAUCCUACAUACAUUCCGAUUUUGUCAACUGAAGGAACUUCGUCGAUGAAGUAUGGGUUGUAUUUGUAUCAUGAAGGUUGGAGAAAAAUUGAUUUUAAGGAGCAUUUGAAGCAGCUUAAUGGUGUACCGGUUCUUUUUAUUCCCGGGAAUGGUGGUAGCUACAAACAGGUUCGAUCGUUAGCAGCCGAAUCUGAUAGGGCAUAUCAAGGAGGUUCACUUGAACAUUCAUUUUAUCAAGAAGUGUUCCUGACUUCUGAGGAAGGCGGUGCAGAUAUGAACGCAUCUGGCUUUCAAUUACCCAAUCAGUAUUCUUGCAGACUGGACUGGUUUGCUGUGGAUCUUGAAGGUGAACAUUCUGCAAUGGAUGGUCAGAUACUUGAAGAGCAUGCAGAAUAUGUUGUGUAUGCCAUCCACAGGAUUUUGGAUCAGUAUAGAGAAUCUCAUGAAGCUCGAGAGAGAGAAGGUUCUGCGGCGUCUGGGAGUUUGCCUAAAAGUGUGAUAUUGGUUGGUCACUCUAUGGGUGGUUUUAUUGCUAGAGCUGCUAUUAUCCACCCACUUUUAAGGAAGUCAGCUGUCGAGACUGUACUCACGCUUUCAAGCCCACACCAAUCCCCUCCUUUGGCAUUGCAGCCAUCCCUGGGUUACUAUUUUGCUAGUGUAAAUCAUGAAUGGAGAAAGGGAUAUGAGGUCCAUACCACUUUGACAGGACAUCAUGUAUCUGAUCCUAGACUUUCUCAUGUUGUUGUUGUUUCCAUUUCUGGUGGUUAUCAUGACUAUCAGGUGCGGUCAGAGUUAGAAUCCCUUGAUGGUAUUGUGCCUUCCACCCAUGGCUUUAUGAUAACUAGUAUGGGCAUGAAAAAUGUGUGGCUGUCAAUGGAACAUCAAGCUAUUUUAUGGUGUAAUCAACUAGUCGUUCAAGUCUCGCAUACUCUCCUUAGUUUGAUUGACUCCAGAACCGGCCAGCCUUUUCUUGACACUAGAAAAAGACUAGCAAUAUUUUCAAGGAUGCUUCGUAGUGCAACACCCGAAAGUUUUAAUUGGAUGAUGCAAUCACACCAGUCAAAUGCUCUUCCCAUGAAGGAUGUAAAAGAUGCAGCUGAUUCUCAAGUGCGUACUUUUUCUAGUUGUCCCAGCUCUGUGCAUUGGAGUGAUGAUGGCCUUGAGAGGGAUCUAUACAUUCAGACAACUACUGUGACUGUUUUGGCCAUGGAUGGGAGGAGGCGGUGGUUAGACAUACAGAAAUUGAGUUCAAACGGAAAAAGUCACUUCAUAUUUGUGACAAACCUUGCUCCAUGUUUUGGGGUUAGAAUUCAUCUAUGGCCUGAAAAAGGGAAAUCAACUUCGGACCUGUCUGCAAGUGAAAGGGCUCUAGAGGUGACAUCAAAGAUGGUUCACAUUCCAUCACGACAAGCACCGAGGCAGACUGAACCUGGCAGUCAGACAGAGCAAGUGCCUCCAUCUUCAAUAUUUCAGUUGGGUCCAGAGGAUAUGCGUGGUUUCAGAUUUCUGACUAUUUCUGUUGCACCUCGUCCGACUUUUUCAGGUAGGCCUCCACCAGCAGCUUCCAUGGCAGUUGGGCAGUUCUUUAAUCCACAGGAAGGGGAAAUUGAAUUUUCUCCACAAUCAAUGCUUCUAUCUACAUAUUCUCCUAAGGAAAUGUUUCUGAAGGAGGAUCAUCCCCUCACUUUCAAUCUGUCAUUUGCUAUUAGCUUAGGCCUUUUGCCUGCAACUUUGUCUUUGAGAACUGAAAGCUGUGGAAUAAAGAAAGCUGCGCUUCCAGAUGAGGAAACUGGACACAUGGAAAACAGUAGACUUUGCAAAAUGCGUUGUUUCCCACCUGUAGCACUUGCCUGGGAUCCCAUGUCAGGUCUUCACAUAUUUCCAAACUUGUACAGUGAGACUAUUGUUGUUGAUUCUUCUCCAGCAAUUUUGAGUUUCUCACAGAGAUCUGAAAAGACCACUGUUCUACUGCUGGUUGAUCCACAUUGCUCAUAUAAAACUAGCGUAGCCGUUUCUAUCACUGCAGCUGCCAGCAGAUUUUUGCUUUUAUAUAGCUCACAGAUAGCUGGUUUGUCUGUUGCUGUUAUAUUUUUUGCUCUCAUGCAGCAAGCAUAUGCGUGGGAUCUUGAUUUGCCUAUCCCUUCUAUGCUGUCAGCCGUAGAAACCAAUUUACAAAUGCCAAUUCCAUUUUUGCCUUUAGCUGUUCUACCCAUUCUGGUUUCCUUGAUUCUUUCCUUCCUAAUGUCUCAACCCUUUCCUCCCAUCAUGAGCUUUGCCAUUGUGUCAAUGAUUUGUUAUUUAUUAGCAAAUGGGUUGAUAGUUCUACUGGUAUUGGCUUCACAGUUGUUCUUCUAUGUGGCUGCCACUAUACAUGUAUUCAUUAAGACAAGGUGGCAAGCAUGGGAAGGAAAUUUUUGCUUUGGAUUCCUUCUUUGGUUUGCCAAUCUUUCCUCCAGUUUCUUUUCAUUAAAGAUGGUAAGGGUUCUAAGAGUCCAUCCGUUAAUUGUUACAACACUGGCUGCAAUUACUUUGGUGUGCAUUGUUCAUCCAGCUUUGGGUCUAUUCGUACUUCUCAUGUCUCAUGCUUUGUGUUGCCAUAAUUCACUGUGCAGUUCUUUGACAGCUUCCUUCCGUAGCCAUGUUUGGAAAACGGAACUAUUUGAUUACAACAGUGAUGGCAAUGGUCGGUCUAAGCAAUUUGCAUCAACACAGGAUGGAAGAUUCAACCAUAAUCUUCCAUCAGAAGAGAUUAACUCCAAUAGUCCAAAUUCAACAAAAAGUUUUAGUGACACACAACUAGAGAUUUUCCAUCACCGGCAUGGCUUGGUGAUCCUGCAUCUUCUUGCAACCCUCAUGUUUGUACCCUCAUUGAUGGCUUGGUUGCAGAGAAUAUGGAUUGGGCAUAGCUUUCCGUGGUUCUUGGAUUCAGUCCUUUGCAUCGGUGUAAUUUUUCAUGGUGUUAUCAUCUCGAAGCCCGAUUUCAAUUCCUUAGUUACCUUCCCAAGCAUCUUGGGUCAGGAACUGAGGCUGAAUGUUGUGUACGCUGUUGCUGGAUACUAUUCCUUUCUCUCUGGACUGGCAUUGGCGCCGUAUAGGGUUUUUUAUGCUAUGGCUGUCAUAGGGUUCAUUUCAAUCGCUUGUAAAAUCAUAAAAGGAAGAAAUGGUUUCGGCAACCGGAAACAUUCUCACCGACACUGAGUUAACUUAUUCUUUAAUCUAUGUACACUUGAGUCUGAGAGUAGCCAGAUCAUGAGAAGGUUGUGCAAUUAAUUUGGUAGUUUGAUGAUCUGUGUAACAUUAAUUUGCGUCUUCCCCACCAGAAUUUCACACGGGAACAAUAUGAGAGUGUUU